AUAUCUCAUGUUGUUAACUGCUUUCCUGCCUGUACAACAUCCACUGCACGUCUGCCCGUCCUGGGUGAUUCACCAUGAUGACAGAGCCAGGUGAGCCGCAGGAGUGUUUCCUCGAGCUCUCUGCCCACUCCACACCUAAACAGGGAGGGGAAGGUGGGCAGUUCCAGAGCCAAGGUCAGAGCUCAUUGGCGGAGGACUCGACGAGUCACCUGUCAUCAAGUAGUCGGAUCGCUCGUUCUCCAGCCAGAAACCCACUGAGCUUCAGGACGAUGCAGACCAAAGUGACUUUGCUGGAUGGCACGCUGUUCACCUGCACUGUGGAGAAACGUGCUCGUGGUCUUCAGCUGUUUGAGAAGGUCUGUGAACACAUCAACCUGCUGGAGAGAGACUACUUUGGUUUGUCCUUCAGAGAUGCUGACAACAACAAGAACUGGUUGGAUCCAGCGAAGGAGAUGAAAAAGCAGAUUCGAGGUGUUCCCUGGAAUUUCUCUUUUAACAUCAAGUUUUACCCUCCUGAUCCCGCCCAGCUCUCCGAGGACAUCACCAGGUAUUUCCUGUGUCUCCAGCUCAGACAGGAUAUCGUUUCUGGUCGUCUUCCGUGUUCGUUUGCCACUCACACCGUCCUUGGCUCCUACACUGUCCAAUCAGAGCUGGGAGACUAUGAUCCAGAUGAGUGUGGAUCUGAUUAUGUUAAGGAACUCAGUUUUGCCCCAAAUCAAACAAGAGAAAUGGAGGAGAAGAUCAUGGAGCUACACAAAACUUACAGGGGGAUGACACCAGCUGAGGCAGAGAUGCACUUCCUGGAAAACGUAAAGAAACUUUCCAUGUAUGGAGUUGACCUUCAUCAUGCAAAGGACUCGGAGGGUGUGGCCAUCAUGCUUGGUGUAUGCAGCAGCGGCCUGUUGGUCUACAGAGACCGACUGAGGAUCAACAGAUUCUCAUGGCCGAAGAUCCUGAAGAUCUCCUACAAAAGGAAUAACUUCUACAUCAAGAUCCGACCUGGAGAGUUUGACCAGUUUGAGUCUACAAUCGGUUUCAAGCUGCUGAACCACAGAGCAGCUAAAAGACUGUGGAAGGUCUGUGUGGAGCAUCACUCCUUCUUCAGAUUGAUGUCUCCAGAGGAGACCCCUAAGAAGUUGCUGUCUCUGGGUUCAAAGUUUCGAUACAGCGGUCGGACUCAGAUUCAGAGUCGCAGAGCCAGUGCUCAGAUCUCCAGACCCCCACCGCAUUUCCCACGAUGCAUCAGCAAGAGGAACAUGCUGAGCCGCAGCCUGGAUGGAGAUAUGGGGGCAGGGUUGUACGGAGCAUCUAAAUUCAUCGCUGUCAGUGACCUAAUCACUACAGUAACACCUGAGAGGAGGACAGAGGAGAGGAGGGCAGAGCAAGUUGAAGAGGUGCUGGUGUUGGAGGAGGAAGUGCAACAGAGGGUGGAGGUGGAUGAAGAGGAGAUGCAGAAAGAUGAGGAAGAGCAGGAGGAGAAGGAGGGGACCAGAGAAACAGUGGUUUCUCAGCAGAGUCCUCUGACUCCUCAGAAACAGGACACCAAGACCGACCUGACUGAUACAGCCCUGGAGGGAGACCUGACAGAGAGACUCAGAAUUUGUGUUGGUGUUGAUCUUCAGGAGACAUUGGCGAGUCCAGAGGAGGACCCUAAACCUGAGAGCACCAUCAGUGCUCUCAGACGCUCCUUCUUAGAGGGAGGAGCAGCAGCAGGAGGAGGAGGGAUGACUGAGUGGGAGAAACGGCUUGCCUCCUCACCCUUACGACGUGUUGAUGAUGCCCCAAUGAUUGAGCCACUGGAGCCUGAUGAGCCUAAACCAACAUUUGAUGAAAUGUCUCCUGAGCUGACAGCUCUACUGAAGUCAGCCAGAGAACAAAACACCUUCAGAGAACACAACCUGCAGAAGACAUCAGAGAAAGUGGAGACGAUCUUUUUGAUGACAGAGUCAUGUGACCUGGACCAACCAAUGGCAGACAAGCUUCAGGUAGCAACAGAAAAUCUUGUGGGCUCGCCCCCUAGUAACACCCCGCCCCCUCCACCCGGGGCCAGCACGACACAUACUGAUGAUGUCAGAAGAACAGAAGAAUGGGCCAGUGAUGUUGACAGUAAUGCUAAUGACAGCCAGACUAAAAAUCCUGCAAACAAGCAUGAGGUCAGUGAUGAUGAUGUCAGUGAUGAUGAGCCAAGCAGCCAGGCAAGUGAUGAUGAUGAUGUUAGUGAUGCUAGUGAAGGUGCUAUUAGCGUGUUAGCGCAGGCAGCAGUGGAGGAAGCCAUGGAGGCUGCAGUUAGACAGGCUCAGAUCCCAGAAUCUAAUGAUAUUAAUCAGGAUAGCAUUAAUAUUAACUUUCCAGUUAGCCACAGUGAGCAGGGGCCAAGUUGCAUGGAGGCUAACAACAGCCCCAGCAACAGAUCUGGGUCUCUUCUGCGGUCACGACCUGCUGGGAGUCUAUCUCAGCGCUGCCAAGAUGAUGAGGACUCUGAUGACUCUGAAGAGAAUGAGGGAAGGUGGCAGUUCAGCGAAAAUCUACCCCGCCUCACCUCCAGAUGUUCCUCCUGCUUGGCCACAGCCAUUCAGACACAGCCAUUCGACCACAAUGAUGAAAAUAAUGACGAGUCUGAACCUCUGCAAGAGGAGGUUCCAGUGAUGAGGAAGACUCUCACAUAUGAAGCUCCAGGGAGCCAAGAGGAUGCAGAUCCUCCUGCAGGUUUGCUGCUGAGCUCCCAGACCUUCACUGCAGAGACCUCCAACACCACCACCACCACACACAUCUCUAAGAUGGUAAAAGGAGGAAUUUCAGAAACCAGAAUCGAGAAGAGAAUUGUGAUUUCUGGAGACACAGAAAUUGACCAUGACCAGGCUCUGGCAGCGGCGCUCAGAGAGGCACGGCGGCAGCAUCCUGAGCUGUCUGUCACACGUGUCGUUGUCCAUAAAGAAACAGAGGUGUCUCCUGAUCAUGUGAUUGAUUAGUGACAUCAAAGGACUGACUGAAACUUGUAACAUGGGAGUUAUAUUCCAAACUACAGAGGUACUAGAGUUACCACAAUAUUUGCAGCGACGCCCAGUGGACAUUAAUGGAACUGAGAAUUUACACACAGACACACAGACACUAACACACACGCAUGCACACAUACUCACACUUACGCACACACACACUCACGCAUGCAUGUACAUGUCUAGGUACACAGCAGCACCUGUCUGUCUGACUGGGUGGUGGGGCAGGUGUUUGGUUUAGCUUUAUCAGCUAGUGCUGGUUUGACUGUAUUAUUACAUUUAGUCGAAAGGCCUUGUGGUUUUGUUUUCAGUCACAUUUGAGAUAAGGAAUGAAUGUCCUGUAAGAGAAUAAAAUAUUUAUACAACAGAGACAGGUGAAAGACAGACGGGGGCGCUGUUGUGAAGCCAUCAAUACGUUCCCAUAGCAACCAAACAACUAGAGUCUGUCAACCUCAGAUGAACUUUCACCAUGAAUUAACAUCAAGACUUGACCCAUUGCUGCAUUUCCUCCUUCUUGAACAAGUCCUGCCCCCACAAACACAUGACACCCUGACAGAUUAAAGCAAAUGUCUGAUUGGUUGGUUGACUCAAGUGUAUUUUCUCCUGAUUGUGUAUGAUGAGAGAGAGCAGCUUUAUGAAACAUCCAGCAAACCGUUCGCAUCACAUCUGACAGAUCUGUAUUAAUAACAACUUCUUACACCUGGUGCGGUCACCUGACACUAGCCUGUCUCACCCGGUCAAAAACUGGAUCUUUUAUUCUAACAGUCUGGUGCAAACUGUUUACUGUCUGAAAUGUAAUACAGCAUGAUUGCUAACACUUUAAUCACUCACUAUAUAGUAGCUAUAAUUCAGCCCUGUAUUUACCCAUUGAGCAAUAGUAAUGUAAUUUUCUCAUUUCCCCACAGAGACCAUUAUGAUGAAUUAUUUUACUUAUUUGUUUAUGUAUUUAUUGGUUUCUGUGUUUGUUCAUUUAUUUAUUUCUGUGUGCGUAAAAUCCAGACCAAAUCACCCUUCUCCCCGGUGUCAUAUUACUGACCACUUCCACUAGUAUUAUGUUGCAUAAAUUCUACUUUAUUUUCUUCAUGUUAGUUUCAAACUUACUGUUUCUUUACCCACUAAACUCAAAUAAAAUGAUAAAUUCUU